GGCCAGAGCCAGAGCCAGAGCCAGAGCCAACACUGAAGUCAAAGCCAAAGCAGGAGCCGAGCAGCAGACAAAGCGGAGCAGCACACAGAUCAAGCAAAAUGCACGAGAGACGCGUCAAAAAACUGAAGGGCGGACAUUAUGUGGCCACACACGGGCGGCUCACGCCCGAUCCGCCGUACGUGCACUCGAAUCGCGGCUACUCAACGGACGGCGACGACUCGCACUCGCAUCGGGCGCACUCGGAGUAUACGAUCGCGCACGAGCGCAUCUCGCCGCAGUCGCAGUCGCAGUCGCACUACAACACGUCGCGCAAGGGGCGCAACGGGAAUGGACAGCAACACCUGCAGCACAGCUACAGCCACAGUCAGAUGGGCCUCUCCAGCUCGCCGGACAACGGUGGCCCGCGGCCGCUGAGCGGUCCGCCGCCCACACGCCAGCCGCCGCGCGCGCCCUCUGCGCUGAGCUACGACCAGGCCGGGGACGCGGGCAGCGACAUCUAUGUGACCAGUGCCGCCUACAAGGCGCCCUCCGAGAUCAGCCGCUACAGCCAGCGUCCCGUCUCCCGUGGAGCUCCGCGCAGCGUCUACUCGGUGGCCAGCACCGCCAAGACGGGCCGCAGCGGGCGCUCGACCACGAAGCGUGGCGCCAAGAUCGAGACGAUGUCAGCGCCGAAUCCCUUCUGCCCGAACGUGAAGGGCGUCUGCUGCCUGAUGCUGCUGCUCAAUCUGGGGCUCAUUCUCGUCACGCUGGGCUUUGUGAUUGUGGUGCAGUUCUAUGAGCCCGUCUAUGUCUGGGUAUUGGGCAUCAUAUUCCUGAUCUUCGGCUUCCUCACGCUGAUCGGCUGCAUGAUCUACUGCGUGUACGUGUGCCGGGACGCGAAGACGCCCUCGCAGGUGCGCAACGAGGAUCUCUACUGGACGCGACACUGGCAGAAGAACAUUGGAUACACGCCCCAAGAGAUUAACUACAAGGCGGACAAAUACGAUGCCUACUCGGACCGCUACUCGGUUAGCAAGCUGAGCGGCAAAUACUCGGAUCGGGAGAGCCAGCGCUACUGAGUGGCCGAAGCCAAGGCGGCGCGAACUUAUCUAACUACACAGCGAGGGCCGACCGAUGAGUAGUGGCUGAUUGUGGCUGAUCGAUGACAUGUAAUCGAUGACGAAUACUCAUUAGCCAGCGCCCACGCAUCAUAAUCGUUAUAUUAAUAUGAGAAAACAGAAGCAACUGGCGCAUGUCUAUAUAUACGUACAUAUAUACAUAUGUAUAACUAUAUAACUAGAUAAUAGUCUUAAACGGUUUAUUAACAAGGCCUCAACGUACCUGCUGCAAGCUGCUUGCUAGUUUGUAUGUUCUUAAUCAUAAAGAAACAUAUACAUAAACACACUUACACACACACUUAUAUGUAUAUUCACGUGGAAAUACAAAUAGAACCUUGGAAUGCUGCCAUAUU